CGUAUAAAUGUCCAUUCAAGGUUUCCUUAGCACGGGAGACAGCGUUGUAUCAGGUAACAUGGGACUGAAGGAUCAGAGCAUGGCUUUGCGUUGGGUCCAUAAAAAUAUCAGAAGCUUUGGUGGUAACCCUAAGAACAUAACUAUUGCUGGUUAUAGUGCGGGUGCUGUCAGCGUACAUUAUCACUAUUUAUCGGCCCUGAGCGCUGGUCUUUUCCAA